AGGCACCGGAUAUCCGCGCCGCAUGGGUAUCGGUCUUAUAUGCAUUAUCGUUCGGUGAGCCCGCCACCGAGGAGACAGACAAACGCUUCGUGAUUUCCACGCUUUCUUUCACCCCUUCCCAGUCCUUCGUUCAAUCUCCCACUAUGUUAUCGCGAUCGUUGCCACUAUCCAAAUUUUUCAACUACCACACAUUAAUCGCACUAUGUUUGGUGGCGUUAGGAUACCAUUUCUUUUCCAUUCAAGAGCGCUUCAUCGCCCGUGCGCCGGGAGCGUCCGCCGUCAAGCAACAUAGCGGCUUCCCCAAACUUAUCUGGUAUAAGCUGGGCCCCAACGGUCUGUCCGACGAUACACGAAACUGGACCGACAGCUGCAUCAAGAACAACCCGGAUUAUACAGCACAGUUCUUAACGGACGAAAGCAGCGAUGCCUACGUUCGCACAACUUUCGCAGAGUCCCGCCCCGACAUCGUCGACGCCUACCUCGCGCUACCCGUCCCUAUCUACAAAGCCGACUUCCUUCGAUACCUAUUGCUUUGGGACCAAGGAGGGAUAUGGUCGGACCUAGAUGUCUCUUGCGAAGAAGGUGUACAUAUCGAUGAGUGGGUGCCUGCGGAAUACCGCGACGAGGCUGCGCUAGUGGUGGGGUGGGAGUUCGAUCAAGGUUGGCCUGGCGAAUAUGUCCGCCAGUUUGCUAGCUGGACUAUAAUGGCUAAACCGCGGACGGCGCAUAUGAUGCAGGUCAUCGAUGACAUCCUCCAGACUCUGAAAGACAAGACAGCUGAGCACCACAUCUCGGUCGAGAACGCUACAUUAGACAUCAUGGGAGACGUCGUCGACUUCACCGGCCCACGACGCUUAACGCGCAGCGUAUACACAAGCUUGGGGAACAUGCUCAACAGAACCGUUGAUGCGCGCGAUAUGAUGGAGCUGGUACAGCCGAAGCUGAUCGAGGACGUCCUGGUCAUGCCGGGCCGUUCAUUCGCGGCGUCUGCCAACAAAUACAAACCGGAGGAAGAGGAACACCUACCACCUCAACUGGUGACCCAUCAUUACGCUGGUACUUGGAAGAACAAGGACGGAGGUGAACGGUUGAUGCCGAAGAUAUGACGAAUGUUGAAGAACAAUCAUAAUCUACCAGCUGCCCGUGACUUCGAGGCCUCGGCAGGAGGUUGGAAUAUAAAAAUAGUGGCGCUCGGCUAUCUGCCUGACACUUCGCUAGACGUGGCGCGGUAACGUUUCAACGGGUGAUGAUGGGUCUCUACGACUACAGCGAUUUCAAGGGACGGUCCCUUUCUUUGCUUUGCUCAGCCAAACAUCUUGCAGCCCCGGAACCCGCUUUCAUGCGACUCCUAUCCUGAUACCCAACGCCCAUUGGUUUAGCUUCUAUCAUCACGGCUGCACUGGGCCAUCCCUU